AUGGUCUCGGCUGUGUUUCCUCGGACUUCCGCAGCUGUGGCGCGUGGACUCGGCUGUGGCUCCUCAGACCUCCGCGGCUGUGGUGUGUGGACUCGUCUGUGGCUCCUCGGUCCUCCGCGGCUGUGGCGCGUGGUCUUGGCUGUGGAUCCUCGGGCUUCCGCGGCUGUGGCGCGUGGACUCGGCUGUGGCGCCUCGGACUUCCGCGGCUGUGGAUCCUCGGGCUUCCGCGGCUGUGGCACGUGGACGCGGCUGUGGCGCGUGGACUCAGUUGUGGUUCCUCGAACUUCUGCAGCUGUGGUGCGUGGACUCGGCUGUUGUUGA